AUGAAUUUUAGUAUUAUUAUCUUGAAAGAUAAAAAAUUUAUGCAUUCUUCUUUACAAAUUACUAAUAGUCCCAAUCUAUUAUUUAUAAAACAAUCUCAAACUAUAAUAGAUUUAUGUUUACUUUUAAAAACCAGAUAA